AUGGCCCGCCAUGGGAAAUCCAAGGCUCGGGCCAAAAGGCCGCCUCCGAGGGUCACCACCAUGUCGCCACAUCGGUUUACCAUGCAGCAGGAGGCGCGCAACACCGAAACGCACACACGAGACUGGCUGAGUAGCAAUCUCCGCCACAAGGCUGUGAAAUUCGUCAAGGCUGGGGAAUUGCAACGGAGUGAAUUCGAGACGAAGGCAUCACCCGCCGUGGCCAGCCCACCAGAGCCAACGCAAGAAGACCUCGAACGCGGAUUCUUUUUCGAUGCAACACCACAGGCUGUGACCGACACGGGGCUCCCAGACCCGGUCCUACGAACCCAAUUGAGCGACCUCGAUGACUCGAGCGAGGACGAAGUGGUAUUCACAGGACGGAAGAAGCCGAUCGUGAUCGAGACCAGCCAGGAAGAGCUCGAAGUACUACUGCAGGUACCGCUGAAAGAGCCCCCAACGACACAACGUGGACCGGCCUCGGCAGAGGUUCCUGCGAGUCAAAUUCACCGAUCGGAGCCAAGCCAAGACCAUGCGCAGUCAUACGCAAAGGAUAUACGCAGAUGGACACGAGAGGAUGAGGACAACAUGCUGGCAGAUUAUAUUGCCAAUAUGGAUUCUGACUACCACGAGGAAGCGUCUCGUAUGCAGGUGGAGCUUGAAGGUGGCAUUGACGUUGCCCAGGCGGCAACCGGUUCACAAUCACCCCCUACUGGCCUAGACGAAGCCGGCGAACCUUUGUCGCAGUUGGAUCGUACCACGCUGGACUCUGCUAUGAAGGAGGCACAAGUUCAGAGCUCUAUUGAUGUGUUGUCUCGGAUGCGCCUAGAUACAGAAACAGACCAAGUCCCCGACUCGAGUGAUGAUGACGAUGGCGACUACGACGACGACGAGGACGAGGACGAAGGUGACGUGAAUUUGGAUUCGAUGGAUGAAUUCUAUGUGGAUUCCGAUGAUGAUGAUCUGGACACGGAAUUGCUGGAAGACCUGGCGAUCAACUAUCUUGCGGACAAGAAGAAAAGCGGACGUGCCGGGAAAAUUUCAUUUGCAUCGGCCACGGCUUUCGCAGAUGCUCUCGAGGCAGAUCCCUACUACGGACUCGACAUGAUGGACUUCAAUCGACCAAGCCUGCAGAAGAAGGGCAAGGGCAAGAAACCGCCUGCCUUGGACCUGAUGUUCUCCGACAGCGACCUCGAAGCCCACCUUCACGAAGUGUGGCAAGCCGAUCGCAGGACCAAGAAGGUAAAGAAGAAGGAACGAGAAGAGCUUCGGGCCCAGGGGUUGCUGGGUAGGAGCUCUGGAGAGGCAGAUCUCAAAGUCAAGUAUUCCAAGGGGAUAAACCUGGAGGAGUUGAUCACCGAGCUUCGAUCCUUCUUAUUGUCAUCAAACACCAGCCUUGCAUUGCCAGCGAUGACGAAGCACCGUCGAAAAACGAUCCACGAGCUAGCAAACGCAAUGCAUCUCAAAUCGCAAUCCCGAGGCAAUGGUCCUUCAAGGUUCCCCAUGCUCAUUAAGACCUCUCGCACACCCGCAUAUACUCGCAAGACUAUCUCCCAAGUGGAUGAUUUGCUGUCCGGCAAAAAGCUCAAUCGCCGACUCUUCCAGUCAUGGGGCUCAGACGCAUCCAAGUACAGCAAGCCGGUCAGGGCCAAGAGGGGCGCCGUUGGAGGCGCGGUCUCCUACAUGGACGGCGAUGUGGUCGGUGGCACUGCUCCGGAGAUCGGGGUCGAAAACAAAGGACGCGCUAUGCUGGAAAAGAUGGGAUGGAGUAGCGGCACCGCGCUCGGAGCUAUUAACAACAAGGGUAUUCUGCAACCCGUCGCGCACGUGGUGAAGAAUUCUCGGACGGGUCUGGGAUAA